AGUUGUGUAUAUUCUUUCACUUCCAGUCUGCUGGGUUCCUAUAAAGCUGAUUCAGAGCAACAGCACAGGCACAUCACAGUAAAGGAAGCAGGGUUCUUGUUGUGGUCUAGUAGUUUGGAACACACCAGGAUGAGUGGAACAGUCAUAUGGACCGGUGUAGUUGCACUGAUAUGUCUACAACAUGUUUCUACCUUUAAGCUGGUUUGCUAUUUCACCAACUGGUCUCAGUACCGGGAAACCGCAGGACGCUUUGUCCCAGAUGACAUUGAUCCAGAUCUCUGCACCCACAUCAUUUAUGCUUUUGCCAACAUAAAAGACAAUCAGAUUGUCACCACUGAGUGGAAUGACAUGAGCACGUAUGAGAGUAUCAACAGUCUUAAAAGCAGAAAUCCCAGACUGAAAACUCUUCUCUCUAUUGGAGGAUAUUUGGGAUCCAAGUCCUUUAGAAAUGUAACAAAAUCUCCUGCCACACGCUCAGAAUUUGUGGCAUCAGUGGUGCAGUUUCUUCGGGAAAACAGUUUUGAUGGCUUGGAUCUUUCUUGGCAAUACCCAGAACAGAGUGAUAGAAGACGUUUGGCUAACCUGGUUAAGGACCUAUAUUACGCAUUUGUAACAGAGGCUCAGAACAAUCCAGGUAUGGAAAAACUCCUACUGAGUGUUGCAGUUCCAGCUGGAAAGGAAGCCAUUGAUAAAGGCUAUGAUAUUAUGAAGAUCUCAAGUUCUGCAGAUUUCCUUAAUUUCUUGACCUUUGAUUUCCAUGGUUACUGGAAAGAUGGCAGUCACAAGUACACAGGGCAUACAAGUCCCCUUCAGAAGGGGAAAGCUGACAGUGGAACUGCAUCGUCUUAUAAUGUGGAUUAUGCAAUAAAAUAUUUAAUAAGUAAGGGUGCUCCAGCUGAGAAGAUCAUCAUGGGAAUCCCCACAUAUGGGCAGACUUUCACUCUUUCUUCCACGCAAACUGUGGUCGGUGCUGUGGCAUCUGGUCCAGGGACACCUGGUGCUUUCACAAAAACGGAAGGAAUUCAGGCAUAUUAUGAGAUCUGCAGUUUUAAUCAUGGUGCCAAGAAAGUAUGGAUCGAUGAGCAAGCAGUUCCUUAUUCUUACAAAGGAAACCAGUGGGUAGGAUAUGAAGAUGUGGCAAGCGUUCAGAUUAAGGUUCAGUACAUGAAAAAUAACCAUUUGGGAGGCAUUAUGAUUUGGGCACUUGACCUAGAUGAUUUUUCAGGUUCUUUCUGCAAUGAGGGAAAAUACCCUCUUCUUGGAGCUGUAAAAAAAGAGCUGGAUAAAGAAGAGCCCAUUUCUGUAAAAUAAUAAUCUUGAAUAUUAAGAGAACCUUCAGGAUACAAGGAAUCUUUAUGUUUGUAUUGUAGGAAAUGAAUAGAAAUAACCAAAUUGCCAUAUUGGAAGCAUGAUGACGGUUCCAUGUUUCUUAAAUGCUAUAAAACAGACAACUAUGGUUAAUUUUGUGUGAUUCUGUGAUUAAUAUGGUUCUAUCCUUACUCAUUCGGUGUAAUGGACUGAAGGCAUUAAUUCCUCCUACCACUUCCUGUGCUGCUGCAUUCUUUUGUCUGGGUUUCUGGGUUUGGUUUAUUAUUAUUAUUAUUAUUAUUAUUAUUAUUAUUGAAGAUGUUUCAUUGUGAUCACACGCUAGAUAUUAGGCUGCAUGUAUUGGUUUUUAAAUAUAUACCUAAUGGUUUCAA